UGUGACAGGAGGAAGAAGAAGGCUGGAGACAGGCAGCAGGAUUCAAGCUUCAAAAAGCCGGUUGUAUUUCGCCACUACACCCUUCAUAAAACGCUGGGAACUAUGGCUAAGAAAGGGAUGAACGUGUGCCAUGUCUGCUGCUUACUUCUUUAUGUCAUCACCGCGGUGUUCGCCGGGCGAGAUUUCUAUAAAAUCUUGGGGGUGAGCAAGUCAGCAUCAAUCAGGGACAUUAAGAAGGCCUACAGAAAGCUGGCUAUGCAGUUACAUCCCGACAGAAACCAAGACGACCCUCAAGCACAGGACAAAUUUGCAGACUUGGGGGCAGCUUAUGAGGUCCUCUCAGACGAGGAGAAGAGGAAACAGUAUGACAUGUACGGAGAGGACGGACUCAAAGAGGGUCAUCACAGCUCUCACAACGACAUCUUCUCCAGCUUCUUUGGUGACUUCGGCUUCAUGUUUGGAGGCAACCGGCAGCAGCAGGACAGGAACAUUCCCAGAGGAAACGAUGUAAUACUUGAUCUGGAAGUUACACUUGAAGAGGUGUAUUCUGGGAACUUUGUGGAGGUUGUACGAAACAAGCCUGUAGCCAAAGAGGCUCCCGGUAAAAGGAAGUGUAACUGCAGACAGGAGAUGAGGACGACGCAGCUCGGACCGGGACGCUUCCAGAUGACCCAGGAGACGGUGUGCGAUGAGUGCCCCAAUGUGAAACUGGUAAACGAGGAGAAGACCUUGGAGGUGGAGAUCGAGCAGGGAGUGAGGGAUGAGAUGGAGUACCCCUUCAUUGGAGAAGGUGAACCACACAUCGAUGGUGAACCUGGAGACCUUCGCUUCCGUAUCAAAGUACUAAAACAUCCUGUGUUUGAGCGCAGAGGAGAUGACCUGUACACCAACGUCACCAUCUCUCUGGUGGAGGCGCUGGUUGGCUUUGAGAUGGACAUUGUACAUUUGGACGGACACAAGGUUCAUAUAGUGAGAGACAAGAUCACCAAACCAGGCGCUCGGAUGUGGAAGAAAGGAGAAGGUCUGCCCAACUUUGACAACAUCAACAUCCGAGGUUCCCUCAUCAUCACCUUCGAUGUAGAGUUUCCUCAGACGCAGCUCGAUGAUCAGCAGAAAGAAGGUAUUUGGAGUCUCCUGAAACAGAGUUCUGUACAGAAGGUUUACAACGGACUACAAGGAUACUAAUACACCACCUUCCACAGCCUGGACUGAUUCCUACUACACACAGAUAUGUUCUGUUAGUCGAGGGGGGGGGGGGUUUCUGGCCAGGGUGUAUUUAUUAAUUCCAGAUUGUUCUCAGGACGGCUUUAUUCCGGUUAGUUUGUACUUUUUGAUGUUGUACAUCUCUGAGGAGCAGCUGCAGACGUUUAAUAUUCAGUGUGAAAACAGAAAUAAUGCCACCUGUUUUUGUUUUCUAUUUUAUUUUAUUUAUGUUUUUUAUUUUCUGCAACAUCUGCUGAUCUGUGGAUUUACUGGAACUCUGGAGACGAGACUCCACGUUUGCUGAUGGAAACUCUGCAUCUACUGUUGAACAAAGUCGUCCAUGUGGUUUUUUUUUUUUUCUUUUUUCUUUUUUUUUUUUUGGUCCCCUCUUAGUUUUGUGAACGUAAGAGCGCCACCUGUUGAGGGAUUUCUGCUCUGCUCGGAUUCCUGUUCAGUAACACUUUAUGUAAAUAGGGAAGAACAAAGCUCAUUUCCUCGUCUUUUAGUUUCUUUAUUUGGUUGUUUGCAUUCGACUCACUAUACCGUGAUGAGAGUUGACCUCCACUUUCCUACAAUCACCUACAACUCAAAGGGACUUCAGAUCACCAGGUGUCAGCCUCUCUGUUGGACAGUUUUAUGGUUUUUAGGCUUUACAUUGUCUGCAGUGCUGCCUCGCGGUCUCACCAGAGUUUCAUAGCCUUAAAUGUGAAUUAUUCGGCCAUUUUUACGUGUUUUGGGGUGGGGUAAUGCUCUUUUGGCUGACAAUAUAAAUAAAGAUUUAUACAAAUUUGA